AUGCAUGAACAUUAUAAGAAAGUUGGUGGGUAUUUAGAGGCUUUGAAGGCUAGUAGUCCUGGUACUACACUGGACUUAGUCACAGACCCAACCCAUAAAAAGUUCCCUCCUAUAUUUCAGAGGUUGUGUACUUGCUUUGAAGGUUUGCAGAAGGGUUGGAGAGUAGGGUGUAGGAGGGUAAUAUGUGUGGAUGGAUGUUUUUUGAAGACCUUCUUAAGGGGGCAGUUGCUAUGUGCAGUUGGUAGGGACGGAAAUGAUCAAAUGUAUCCUAUUGCAUGGGCAAUAGUGGAGAGUGAGAACAAUCUGUCCUGGGAAUGGUUUUUGUUGCACUUACAGAAAUGCUUGGAGCUUGGGGAUGGCAAUGGGGUUGCUAUUAUAAGUGAUGAGCAUCAGUCACUGUCCAAGCAUAUCUUUGCUUUGUGGCAUAAAGUGUACAAAGGAGAUGAGCUUAAGAUUCUUUUUUGGAAGAUUGCAAAAGCCUAUAACAUGGCUGAUUUCAGUGAUGCCUUUGCUGAAUUAGAGAAGCUAAAUCCUGCUGCUGCCACAGCCUUUAAAGAUAUAAGGGCUGCUCUUAUGCAAAGAUUAGUUUUAAAGAGGCAGGAAAUGCAAAAAGCUACAUCUAAACUUUGCCCUAAAAUACAAUUGAAACUGGAAGGAGAGAAGACUAAGGCUGCCAAUUGUGAUGUCUUUCCCUCAACUGAGACACUAUUUAAUGUCAAUUAUUACCUGGAUCAGUUGGUAGUUGAUUUAGAGGCAAUGACUUGUACAUGUAGAAAGUGGGAAAUGCUAGGCAUUCCUUGCUGCCAUGCUAUUGCCUGUAUCUACUUCCUUCAUAGAGAAGCUGAGGACUAUGUGGAUCAGUGGUAUACAAGAGAUGUAUACCAUCAAGCUUAUGCAGGGUCAAUUCCGCCAUGUGAGGGGGAAAGACAUUGGCCUAGACCUGAAUUUCACUUGGACCCUCCUCCCAUGAAAAUUGGUCCUGGAAGAACAGGAUAA